GGAGAGCUAUUCUUACUGUUGAAUUUGCGAGUACUACCUGCCCUAUAGAUUAAGAUUCGUAUUAAUGGAAUUUCAAUAUGAUUAGAGAGAAGAAAAAUGUUUCUUGAAAUCACUUCUUGAGCAGAAAAAUUGUAAGUCGCCAUUUAUACGAGUGGACUCGUUUAUAUGUUGUUGAGUUGUCUCUGAACUCUCGUAGCUUCGGAAUAUCGUUUGACUAUAGACAACUAGCUCUGACAGUAAUAAAGUGAUGGAUUUACGCUGAUAGAGGAGAUGAUAAGAUGAUAUUGAGCGAGAAACUAUUAACAAAAUGCUAAACUGUUUAAAUAACCAAUGUGUGGUAAAGUGAGAGAAUCAUAAUACUACAAAUUUUGAUAAUCGACUUGUGAUAUAGAUGAAACAUAAAUUUUAAAAUACAAUGUAAAAAUUCCGAUAAUUUUCAGUAGUUUGGUUUGCUUGUGGAUUAUAUUUUUAUCAAAAUGAGAUUAUGGGUAUUCAGAGCUUCCAGACUUGUUUCAAAAAUGUUUAAAAUAUUGUUAAUACUGUUGUGUGUAUGUUUGCGGAAUGUUUUAACAGGAUCAUAUAUGAAUAUGUUUGAAAUUCAAAAUACUCCACCAGAUCCCUGUUAUAACGAGCGGGGAGAGCCUACGUUGUGUACUCCAGACUUUGUUAAUGCAGCCUUUGGAAAGGAUGUUACAGCGUCAAGUAUGUGCGGUUCACCGCCAACUCGUUUUUGUAAAUCAACAACGGACAAAGAUGGUAGAGUUGUCCGGAACUGUUUUAUUUGUGAUGCGAAUCAUCCAAAACGUAUGCAUCCGCCAUCAUACUUAACAGAUCUGAAUAAUCCAAACAAUUUAACAUGUUGGAUGUCAAACACGUACGUACAGUAUCCUCAAAAUGUAACUUUAAAAUUAUCUUUGGGGAAAAAAUAUGAAAUAACAUAUAUAAGUUUGCAAUUUUGUUCUGCAAGACCGGAUUCCAUGGCACUUUACAAAAGUAUGGAUUACGGGAAAACCUGGGUACCAUUCCAAUAUUAUUCUAGUAACUGUAAGAAAAUGUAUUCCAAAUCUCCAAGAGCAUUAGUAACAAAAGCAAACGAACAAGAUGCGUUAUGUACGGAGGAAUUUAGCAAUAUAGAACCCUUAACUGGGGCUCGGGUUGCUUUUAGUACCCUAGAAAAACGGCCAUCGGCGUACGAUUUUGAUAACAGUCCUAUUUUACAAGACUGGGUGACAGCGACAGACAUCAUGGUAGUGUUUAAUAGACUAAAUACAUACGGAGACGAACACGACGACGAAUCAGCACGGGAAAGUUACUAUUAUGCUUUGUCGGAUUUUGCAGUGGGAGGCAGGUGCAAGUGCAACGGUCAUGCAUCUCGCUGCAUAACAAAUCGUGAGGGUCAAUUUGUGUGCGAUUGUAAACAUAAUACUGCAGGAUCGGAAUGUGAAAAAUGUAAACCGUUCCAUUUUGACAGGCCAUGGGCACGUGCUACCAGCAGAAUCGCAAACGAAUGUGUCGCAUGUAACUGUAAUUUGCAUGCGAGACGGUGCACCUUUAAUAGGGAGCUGUAUUUAUUGUCUGGAUUCAGCAGUGGUGGAGUAUGUCUUCGCUGUAAACACAACACAGCGGGUCGCUUUUGUCAUUAUUGCAAAGAAGGCUAUUACCGCGAUCCAACUAAACAUAAAACAGAUCGUAGAGUGUGCCGAGCUUGUGAUUGUCAUCCUGUCGGAGCUCUCGGAAAAACUUGCAACCAGACAUCCGGUCAAUGUCCAUGUAAAGAUGGUGUGACUGGUCUUACAUGUAACCGCUGUUCAAAUGGCUACCAACAGAGCAAUUCACCUAUCGCUCCUUGUAUAAACGGAACAGCAGUGAAGAAAGGAAAGGGAAAAAAAGGAGAUAAGAAAAUUCCAACAGUUACACAGAAGCCUCCUCGUACAGGUUCAAAGGGUGACAGGUGCGGGAAAUGCAGGAAGAAACAAAGGAGAAUUAACAACAAGAAAUACUGCAGAGCAGAUUUUGCAAUCCAGGCGGCUGUUGUUGCCAAAGAAUCAAUCGCAGACUGGAUUAGAUACACUAUCAACAUUAUUAGUAUAUAUAAACGGGAUCAAAAUCAGAAUAGGAGGGGCGAAACCUAUGUCUUUGUUGCUAAACGAGACCACAAGUGCAAGUGUCCAAAGCUUCGACUUGGUAGACGAUAUUUGUUGGUUGGUAGACAUCACAAAAAUAUACAACGACCUGGAUACCAAGUAGACCGUAAAACUGUCGUGGUUAGAUGGCGGGACAAAUUCCAAAAGCGCAUGCGUAAAUUUAUGCAGUAUGAACGCAGAUAUAAAUGUGGAAAUGCUUCACGAAAGAAACGCCAUUAAUUUCACGAUAUUUAUUUAUGUCCAGUGCUAUGUUGACGAGAACUGAACCUUGAUUUUGUGAGAUCACAAAACAUAUCAUGUAGAAUACUCAUUUUUAGUACCUCGUGUUUGAAAUUGUUGGAUGAUUAAUGUAUGUUUCCCCUGAAAACUUGUGUUGAUAGGAAUUUACUGUUACAUAAUAGCUUUAAUAUGUCUGAUGUAAUUAAGUUAUUUGUUCUUGAAGAAAAUACAAGAAACAAAGUGAUGAGUUAUUCGUGUCAGUGCAGAAAGUGUAAACAUUAGUAAUAAUUUAAAGUGUGAAGAGAAUUUAAUGACGUGUUGAAGUUAUAUACAGCUAAAUGCGUGAAUCAGUUAACAUGAGCAACAAUAUCGCACCCCGGGUAAAUUGUCACGUUUUGAUUGGUUUAAAGCCGUCAAGUUGUGACCGCUAUCGACAUUCAUAUGUUCAGAAGUUGUCACACAGAUGCCACAAUAGAGUGUCGUUUAUAAGCUGACUUGAAGCACAAGUUCCAUUUCGUGAAGAACAGUUGGCAGUGUUAUUAUUGCAAGGUUGUGUGUAAUGAUAUAAACAUUAAGAUGUGCGAAGUAGCACACUGUUAUAUCAUUGGAAAGCCCUUUUCUAAUGGUUGUUUCAGAAUGUAUAUAUGUAGAAGAUGUCAGUUGUUAUGUUGUAUUUGUUGUAAAUUUCAAUUGUGAUAUAUUUUAUUGUUAUUAUUUUUGUAAGAAUAUUUUUUAUCACAUUUUAAAAUGAAGUAAACAAUAUAAUGAUUCUCAUAUACGUGUACUUAUGUAUAACAGUUUUUCAUAUUAAUUACUGUAAAGUUUUCACUAUGUUGCCAUUUUCGAACGAAAAUCUCUGAAGAGAGUAUACAUCUCACCUGAAUAUUAUACUUGAAUAAAAUUUCAAUUGAUUGAGUUGAGAUGAAAGUUACCAACACUCAAUUGAAGGUUUGGGUAAAAAAAAUAGUUCAUCUCCUCUACAAAUAAACUAAGGUCGCUGUUUUUCUCAGAUAUGAUUUUAAAAGUUCAUUUAAGGAAACAGCGUUGUAACUAAAAAAAUGGCUGUUGUUAUACUUGAUAGAAUAGAUGAACCAACCAAUUAACUAAAUAAACUGAGUUUGUUUAAAUUUGGGCUGGAGUUACAUAUACUGUAAUGUUCAGUAAUCUAAUCAUGACAACGCAAACUUCGUAAAAGUUACCAUUUUGAAAAGCAAAAUUUUAACAGUAUAUUCAUAAAAAAAAUAAUAGAAUAAGUCAAACGAAAAAAAAUAUUUGUUACAUUUUUGUUUUGUUUUAACGUACACUCUCAUAAAAUAUAAAACAAAUUCACGUCAUAUAUUUUAUUUCUUUCAUCUUUAGUAUAGCUUUAAUUCACAUCAUUUUAAUUCCAUUAAAUGUCGUAAAACUAUGUGUUAUUUUGCUACAACUGUACAUAAUUGUAAUUAGUCGUACUUUAAGCCGUAAUAUAUUGGCUUUGCAAUAGGAAAAACACGGCCAGUUAGUAGAAUGACUAUUUCAAACCAUUUGUGAUAAUAAAUGCAAAGUAUUUGAAACUUACGUACAUUAGUGUACUUUAUAUUUAACUGGUCCAACCAACUCCAAUCAAAAGUUAUUUACAAAAAAGAAGACCAAAACAAGUAAAGAACUAAUUGAUUCAAGUGAAGAAAACUUGAAUCUAGGUCAAUAUCUCAAUUGAUAAAUUAAGUUGCAUCAUUUAAAGUAUUUUUUUCUUCUGAAAAGUCGAUCAAGUUAACACAUCCACUAAAAAGGAAAUUAGGAAUGUUAACUGUUUAAUGAUAAUUGUAAAAUAUUCAAAAGAAACUAUUCAAGUCAAUAGUUUGAGAACAAGGCGGAAGUUAUAUGAUAUUUUUUCCUCUCUUAACUGUUAUACAUUUUAAUAUUUACAUUUUGAAAUGAUUAGUUAUGUUUAUAUUGUUUCAAAAUGGCAAAAAAUGUUAAUAAAUAAGUAUCUUUCGUAACUUUA